ACUACGUCGACGAAGGAGCUUGAGGCUGCCAGCCGCGCCGGUAACUCAUUCAGACCCAUCUCCCCUCACCGCACAUUUCCUUCGAAACCGAUCAUAACCUACAAACCCCGAAUUCCCCUUCGUCAUGUCGGCCGUCGUCCGCAAUGCGCUUGUGCGCGCCUCCCGACCGUCGGCAACGGCCGCACUUGGCUACCGCGCCGCUUCGACGCACGCCAUCUCGAACCCAACGCUAGCCAAUAUCGAGAAGAGGUGGGAGGGGAUGCCAAUGCAAGAGCAAGCUGAGCUCUGGAUGGCGCUGCGCGACCGGAUGAAGGGGAGCUGGAAGGAGCUUACCAUUCAGGAGAAGAAGGCCGCCUACUGGAUCGCAUUUGGUCCCCAUGGGCCUCGCGCCCUCCCUCCUCCGGGUGAGAACAAGACAGUCGCUCUCGGUGUCGCUGCCGGUAUCGCCGUCAGCCUCGGCAUCUUUGUCCUCGUCCGGUCGUUCGCUAAGCCGGCACCUCACACCAUGACUAAGGAGUGGCAGGAGGCGACGAACGAGUACCUGAGGGCACAAAACUCGGACCCGUUGACUGGUAUCUCGUCGGAAGGAUACAAUGGGCCCGGCCAUGUCCAAUCGCCACCCGCGAAGAAAUAAACCAAGCCCGGUUUUCCUUUGUCAAUAGAUACACCUCUCAAUGCAGGUACUCGCCUGUGUAACACAAACUCGGAGAGAAAUGUCUCGGUGGCCGGAGUAUUGGGGGGUUAUAAGGGGCUGAUAUUGAGUGGUGUAAAUAGUGUACAACGCUAACAAUACGACAACUGCGGCAUCGUUGCCUUACGUGCUCAUUUAGGUACCUCCUGCAAUGGCCAUUCAGUCUCCAUAGACGCUUUUCUAUCACAGCGUCAGCACUGCCAAACAAAGCGAGAGCGAAGCCAACUUAUCGUUGAGGCUCGACAACCACAGCGAUGCAUAGGCUAUGAACGAGCCAUUUAGUUGAGACUGGGUCGUUCGAGGACAUGGGCAGGCGAUGGGCCGCUAGCCCACCAUUCAUGCUGUGCUUUGUUUGUUAGUCCCGGAUGAACAGCAGAUU